ACUCUGGAUCUUCUCUCUUGGAGUGCUGAGAAGAACUCAGCAAUGGCAGCAUGUUACAGCCUGCCGCUCCUGCUGGUGUUCUUUGCGACAUGUUGGGCGGGAAAAAUUCUGGUUUACCCCUUUGAAGGAAGCCAUUGGCUCAACAUGAAAAUCCUGCUGGAGGCCCUUCACGCUCAAGGCCACCAAAUCACAGUGCUACGAACAUCCACCAGCUGGUACGUAUCGGAGAACUCGCCCUUCUAUAGCUCCAUCACUAUCGUGCAGGAGGAGUCCAUGAGUAUCGAGAGCCAGAACUACAUGACCGCCUUCUUGGAGAGGUCCAUCCAGAUCCAGAGGCACAAAGGCUCGCUGUGGGCCUUCGUUGAGUUCUACAGGAACCUUUUCAGUUUUCUUAGGGACAGCCAGGUGGUCGUGGCCAACAUGGUGGUCAGCAUAUUCGAAAAUCAAACUCUAAUCAAGGAACUGAAAGAAAGCAGAUAUGAUGUUUUCUUGAUCGAUCCGGCCGUUCCAGGUGGAGUACUGCUGGCUCAUUAUCUGGGCCUCCCGACGGUCUUCAACGUGCGCUUGCAUUUUAGAGGGGAGGCACAUUUUUUAAUCGCGCCGUCACCUUUGUCCUACGUCCCUCAACUCUUCUCCCAAUACUCGGACAAGAUGGACUUCUCCCAAAGGCUGAAGAACAUCAUCUACCACGUCGCGCUGCUUUACAUGUAUCACUUUGUGUCCAAUCCGCCUUACCAGGCUGUGUGCGAUCGCUACUUCGGCAGCGACGUCAGCGCCACGUCUCUCAUGCAGGGAGCCGAUCUCUGGCUGGUAAGGGUGGACUUUACCUUCGAGCUCCCUCGUCCCACCAUGCCCAACGUGGUCUACAUCGGAGGGUUUCAGGGGAAGCCCUCAAAGCCUCUCCCGGCGGAUUUGGAGGACUUUGUGCAGAGUUCCGGAGAACACGGAGUGGUGGUCAUGACUUUAGGAACGCUGUUAGGCGACCUCGGACCGGAGAUCUCCCAGAUCAUUGCUUCUGCUUUUGCUAGGAUCCCUCAAAAAGUCGUGUGGAGACAUAUUGGGAAGCGACCAGCCACUCUGGGGAACAACACUCUAUUAGUGGACUGGUUGCCCCAGAACGACCUCUUAGGUCAUCCAAAGACCAAAGUCUUUGUAACACAUGGAGGCACCAAUGGUAUCUACGAGGCCAUCUAUCACGGGGUCCCCAUUUUGGGCAUCCCGCUCAUCUUUGAUCAGCAUGACAACAUGGUGCGAGUAAAGGCACGUGGCAGUGGCGACUUUGUUGACGUGACAGCGCUAGACGUGGAAUCUUUCACCGCUUCGCUCAGGAAUAUUCUGGAUCCCCAGAAACCGUACAAGCAGAACAUGAUGAAACUUUCCCAACUUCACCACGACCAGCCUAUGAAACCCCUCGACACUGCCAUCUUCUGGGUAGAGUACGUCAUGAGGCAUGGAGGUGCAGCACAUCUGCGCACAGAGUCAUAUAAGUUGCCGUGGUACGCCUAUCACUCUCUGGAUGUAAUUGCUUUCCUUGCGCUUGUCUGUUUUCUGGUCAUCGCUUUCAUUUGGCUUUCCUGUAGAUGUCUCUGUAGGUUCCUAAUGAAGGCUAAACAUUACAAAUUCAAAUCUAAGUGUGAGUAGAAUCAUUGUUUUUGCCCUGUUUGCCGUUUGCAGAAGGAACCUGUUAACUCUUUAAUCAUCACUCUGUUAACUCUUUAAUCAUCAAAGUUCUAUGUGUGUUUGUUUUCUGUUAGGAAAAUUGUACAAAGAGUUAACUAAUUUUAUGCUUUAAUUACAUUGUUCUGAUUUGAUGUUUCCUUCUACAUUAAUGUCACAUGAAAAUGUUCAAAGGAUCGUUGUAUGUGGCUCAGUUCUUGUACUUUUGAACGGACUGUAUGUGAUCUACUGUGAUUACAAAGUGGUUGCAUAGACUUCACUAUCGGUUGACAGGACACGGGGCUCAGGGCCGAUCCGUAGAGAGCAGUGUUGUUAAAGUGAUCCUCUAACUUAAAUACAUUUAGGCUCUAAUAAACCACAAUUGUUCUCUUGUACUAAAAUAUGUUGUUAGAAAUAGGGAUGGGAAUUGAUACGAUUUUUACGAUUCCGAUUCCAUUAUCGAUAUAGACCCUACCCACGUGACGUCACAACUCCUUCCUCCUGACUGGUGCCGCCCAAUUGUCCGUCAACACAUCAUGUUUACCUGUUACGGCUACGUACAUUCCUCCUAUUUACGACGUGCUUUCUGCUCGUUAACAUUAAUAAUCAAAAUGGUGAAGGCGUGUGUGGCGGUCGGUUGCAAUAACAGAGAAGAUAGACGGAGAAGACGGAGAGACUUGAAGUUCUACCGGAUUCCGAGAGACCCGGAGAGAAGAGAGCGAGAUGGGCUGCUGCAAUUCGACGAGAAAACUGGGCUCCAAACGAUUACCACAGAUUAUGUAGUAGUCAUUUUAUAUCUGGUAAGAUGCAUUUAAUAUAUAUUUAGAGGGUUUUGGGCUGACAACCACAAUUAAGAUCAUUGCUAGGCUAAUCGCCGACAACAUACACGUAUGUAUGUAGUGAGAGUGCUAUCGCUAAACCAUAUAAACAUUAAAAGCCCUAACUCCAUUAACAAACGACAUGAAAUACAUUAGACUUGACAGUGGAUGUUAGCAAUAACAAAAGAUUUUGAAUUGAAAAUUUCGUAACUCACCUUUCCAAGCACAAGAUAGAUUCCUGCCGAAUUUUCGUGGACGAGGACCUGUUUUACCCAACCAGCAACGAAGUAUUUAUAAGCCUCCAAGCUCUUAAAGUUUUUCAAACUUUCGUGAGAAUAGGCUGAUUUUGUGUGGACAAGAUAGUUGUACAUAUCAGGGUAGCUAGCAGAUGUCAGGCAAAUACGGCGGAGACAGCGGGUCGAAAAACAUCGAUUUAGGCAUCAAAUAUGGAUCUGGCGAAUGGAUAAACUGAAGCUUUUCCACAUAACGCCUUUUAUGCAACGCAUCAAGUGAGUUUACGGCAUCCGAAAGCACCGGGUCUUCCAUGAAAUGCAUUAUAAAUUGCUCGAUCAAUUGAGACCAUUGAUAAUACAGACACAAAAUGACGGACAAGGGGGCGGAACCAUACAGCGAGCACGUGAUUUUGUGACGUCGGUGGGUAGGGUCUAUUGUUUAACGAUUCGAUUCUUUAUCGAUUCUCUUAUCGAUUCUAAUUUCGGAAAAAAGAAGAACAAACAUUUUGAUUGGCAUCAAGUUUGUUUAAUCAGAAGUCACAACCUUACAAACUCACAACAAGGUCAAAAGAGGCCCAAAGCCUCAAUGUUAACUGUGGCAAUAAGUGGCAAAUGCACAAGAAUGGGUAACAUUUUACUGAAACAUUUUUCUAAUAGAAAUAAAAAAUAUUGGUAUAUUUUGGCAUAUAGGUCGUUGUUCUGCCUUUGGCAAUGUCCCCAAACUUUUUCCUGUGAGGGCCAAAUAACUUUUCCCUUCUCUGAUAAGAGGCCGGGGUCAGUUUGUAAUAGAAAAAGUGUGACAAUUGCAGGAGUGCGCAAAUGUAAAAAAAAUAUUAUUUUUCAGAAAGCCACAAUCAAAUAACCCUCUGUGGAUUCUUCACGGAACAAAAGUAAAUAAAAUAAAAAUAAUAAUAUAAUAAUAAAAAAUAAUAAUAGCACUAUUAAUUAAAUAGAUAAUAAUCAAAUAACCCUC